CCUCCACCCGCCCCGCCUCCCUGCCUCGAUUGGCCCCCCUGCUUGCCUCCACCGCGGAGGAUGUUCACUCCCGCAGGCUUCCACCACCAUGCGCCCCGGCUGAUGGGGAUGGCCGAUGCCACGGCCAGCGCCACACAGCCGCCGCCCAGCUUGCUGGACAUCGAUGUGCUGGCGAGCUCGGCCACCACGCCGAACGCCGGCGGGCCACUCGUGGCAGCGGCUGGCACGCACCUCACCUCGACUCGGUCAUGGCAUGGGUCUGUUUUGGCCGGCCCAUGCCGGUGGGACCUGCCGGCCGGGGCUUCGCGCAUUCGCUGGAUCGGCCAUGGGGGUCUCUUUGUUGUGGGUACCGAUGCCGGGCGCCUGGUGACCGGGCGCAUUUGUCCGGUCACCGACACCGACCUGGCCAUCGAGCCGGUGGAUGUGGCGGCGGCUCCGCUCCACCGCCCGGGGCCCAUUUCGGCCCUGUCCUGGAACCCGGACGAUGGGCUGAUCCUGUCGGCCAGUAGCCGGUCGCUGGGGAUCGUUGUUUCGGAUCCGGAAGGCGGGAUGGUUGUGGGCAAGUUGGCUGGCCCGGCGUCCCAGUGCCAUCCGCACCUGGCCGGUGUGCUGGCCGCCGAAUGGUGUCCCUCCACCGGGGGGUCUGCCUCAGUGGCUUGGGCCGACCGCCGGGGUGUCAUUCGCCUGUGGGACCGGGCCGUCGACGGGAGCUCCCCCGGCGGGGGGCUGACCCUCCUUUCGGAAGCCCACUGCACCGCAGGUGCUCGGACGCCCGGCGGCCGGCCGCGGGCAUUGGCCUUCCGCGCGACCAGCGGCAUCCCCACCCUGCUGGUGUCCACGUCCAACGGGACGCUCGAGUUGAUGGAUCUCCGUCAGCCGGGGUCCUUUGUGGAGACUCUCUUUUCGGGGGCUCUCUCGGCAAUCGAGAGCGUCCGGCCCUCGCCCUUCGGAAGGGACCUUGCCAUGUCGACCAUGGACGGCGAGGUGCUGGUUCUCUCGGCUCCGGUCGGCCACGAGCCCGCCAGUGCCGAUCCCAUCGCAGCGCGGCGCAUCGACGCCCGGAGCAGCCCGGUGACCGGCGUCGCCUGGCUGGCGCCCGAUCAACUUGUGUCCUGUUCACAUGAUGGCUCCCUGAUCGAGCAUGCCCUUUGAUAGACACGUGGACCUCCCA